AUGGCUACAAUAACUAUUACAACAACCAAAGCAGGCGUGCAGCCACUCCAGACCAAAGAUAUCGCCACUCGGCUAUUGAACGGCACGCUUCACUCCCAGUGGCCGGCUUUUGAACAAUUCGCAACCAUCGAUGGACUUUUGAAAUCUCAUGCUGCUCAACCAGAUGAGGCACAACGGCCUCUAGUAUGCUACCCGAUUCGAGGAGCGGCUGAUUUCGAGGAGCAUACAGCGGGAGACAUCGAUCGGUACACUGAUGUCGCUGUUCGCUUUUACAUGCAGCAAGGACUUGUACCUGCAGACCCAAGUCUCGAGCAAGCGCCUGUCGUUGCUAUGCUAGCUGGAUCUAGCUUCGAGGUCGUGGUAACUUUCUUCGCAUUGAAUCGUCUCGGCUAUGCUGUGCUUUUCUUAUCUACACGUCUCACAGCCCCGGCUUAUGCCCGGCUAAUGGACAUGGCAAAUUGCUGCCAGAUUAUCAACACCAAACAGUUUCAGCAAGUCGUAACUGAUAUUUGUAUCGAACGCCCUGCUUGCAGUAGCUUCUUUCUACUACAAAGGGAGGACUGGUUCAACCGUCCUGCUAGCAACCCUCGCUUUGAACUUGAACGCGCCGGUGCAGAUCCCUCACAAGAAGGCAAGAAGAUUGCCUGGAUCCUACACUCUUCCGGGAGUACCGGUUUCCCGAAGCCAAUUUUCCUUACCAACCUUCAAACGUUAGCCAAUUUCCGGAAGAGCUUCGGCCUACGCCUCUUCACUAUCAGCCCGCUUUUCCACUCUCAUGCUCUGAUGGAGCUUGGACGAGCAUUGUUUACAAGAGCACCAGCGUACCUGGGAAACCAUUCUCUUCCGGUCACGUAUCAAAAUCUCUUCGAUGCGCUUCAGGUAGCCAAGCCACAGCAAAUCAGCGCUGUGCCAUAUGUCAUCAAACUACUAGCAGAGAAGCAAGAAGGUAUCCAAGCACUAGCCCGCCCGCAACUCGUGCUAUAUGGUGGCUCUAGCUGCCCAGAUGAUCUUGGCGAUCGUCUUGUGGAACAGGGCGUGAAUCUGGUCGCCAACUAUGGAGCGACGGAAACGGGACAGAUCAUGACUUCUUUCCGAGCCCCGGAAGAUAAAGAGUGGCAGUAUAUGCGAUUGCACCGUCCUGUUGCGGACCUCACUUUGAUGGAUGAGAUCUCGCCUGGGGUUUUUGAAUGUGUUGCAUUGGACGGCCUACCCAGCAAGGGCCCUUCGAACUCAAAGCCACCAUAUAACGCAAAGAAUCCAGAGAACUCUUUUAGAACAGCCGAUUUGUUCACCAAACACCCAGAUCCAGAGAAGGGCAAUUAUUAUAAGUAUUUGAGUCGGCUGGAUGAUCGAAUCACGUUGGUCAAUGGUGAAAAGGUGCUUCCUAUUCCAAUUGAAGGUCGCGUUAGAGAAGAACCUAUCGUGAGUGACUGCGUUAUGUUCGGCUUCCAGCGAACUGUGCCUGGGGCUUUCAUUUUCCGCGCGCCUGGUAAGGUGCCUCACUUAAGCGACGAUGAAUUUUUGGAAGCUGUCUGGCCAGCUAUUGAAGCGGCAAAUGCUCGCGCCGAGACGUUCUCCCGGAUCCCCAAGGAGCUCGUCGUGAUUAAGGGGGCUGAUGUUGUAUACCCCAGAACUGAUAAAGGGACCUGUAUACGAGCGCAAGUUUAUCAGCAAUUCGAGGAGGAUAUUAAGCAGAUAUAUGCCAAGUUCGAAGGGAGUGGCCAGAAAGGAGGCUCCCUCGCGCUCAGCGUUCCAGAAUUGGAGGAUUGGCUCCUUUCAAGAUUCAGCGAAGACUUGGGUGUUCAGAUACCUAGCGCUGAGGCCGAUAUCUUCUCGGCUGGAAUCGACAGCUUGCAGACAACGCAAAUUUGGAGGUGCAUCAUGCGCGAUAUUGAUAUCAGCGAGCAAGGAGAUCAGCUUUCCCAGAACAUUGUGUUCGAGAAAGGCACCAUUAAUGCUCUUGCGAAGCACCUCUACCAACUGCGAACUGGUCAAGAAUUUGAGAAGGAAGAUGAACUAGAGUCCAUGCGUGAAAUGAUCGAAAAGUACUCCCACUUCACUCAACAUUUCCCAACCGUCACCCGAACCCCAGAAACAGAGGUGGUAAUGAUCACCGGCGCAACCGGAAAUUUGGGAGCCUUCAUUAUCUCGGAAUUACUCAAACGUCCAACAGUCUCCGAAGUCUGGGCAGUCGUACGUGCACCAGGACAAGCAGCGGCAGGAGCUCGCCUAUACAAAUCGCUAGCUGAUCGCAAUAUCGUUCUCACUGAUAUCGAAGCCGCCAAGCUCCACGCCGUCCCUGGUGACAUGUCACAGUCCAAUUUAGGACUCAAAGAGCACGAUCUGCAACACUUACUCUCAUCCCUGACAUGCGUCAUCCACAGUGCCUGGGCCGUGAACUUCAACCUGGGUGUACGAUCCUUCGAGCAGCAACAUAUCCGCGGAACGUACAACCUCAUCAACCUCUGCCUACGCUCCCGUCUACCUUCACCAGCGCGCUUCUUCUUCUGCUCAAGUGUCAGCGCCGCAAGCAAUACCCCCAAACCGGCCUCGAUUCCCGAGACCGUGAUUGAAGACUUGGACCACGCACAAAAGACGGGCUAUGGGAGAUCAAAACUGGUAACGGAACACAUCACCCGCAACGCUAUGCGCCAGACGGGUAUUCAAGCUCGCGUUCUGAGAAUCGGCCAGCUUGGCGGGGAUACGGCAAGCGCGCAAUGGAAUGAGACAGAGGCUGUUGCGCUCAUGUUCCGAAGUGCGUUGACUACCGGUGCAUUACCGGUUCUUAAUGAACGGCUGAGUUGGUUGCCUGUUGAUCAAUGUGGUCAGGCUAUUUCAGAUAUUGCCAUGAAUGGCGUUGGGUCUUCCGAUGCUAAUUUGGUAUACCAUUUGGUUAAUCCCAAGACUUUCAGCUGGAAGGAGGAUUUGCUUCCUGCUUUGAGAGAGGGAUCGGUCUUACCGGAGUUUGAGGCUGUGUCUCCUCAGGAGUGGUUGAGGAGAUUGGAGAGUAGUGAGCAGGACCCGGAGAGGAAUCCGAGUGUUAAGCUUGUUGAUUUCUGGAGGUCUAAGUAUCAAAGUUAUGGCCAGUCGGAGGGGAGUGAAGAGGUUGGACUUACCUUCCAAACCGAACACACGGUUCAAUACUGCCCCUUUUUGGCUCUUGUGGAAGACCCCGUUGCUGGCGGUUUGAUACAAAGGUACAUUGAGUCGUGGAUGGGUCGAUGGACUACAUAG